AUGGCGGUGACGAUGCUGCAGGACUGGUGCAGGUGGAUGGGCGUCAACGCUCGCAGGGGCCUGCUCAUCCUGGGCAUCCCGGAGGACUGUGAUGAAGCUGAAUUCCAAGAGUCCUUGGAGGCUGCCCUGUGGCCUAUGGGCCACUUUACCGUGCUGGGCAAAGUGUUUCGCGAGGAGGAUAACGCCACUGCGGCCCUGGUCGAGCUCGACCGGGAAGUCAACUAUGCUUUGGUCCCUAGGGAAAUCCCAGGCACCGGGGGCCCCUGGAACGUGGUCUUUGUGCCCCGUUGCUCGGGCGAGGAGUUUCUCGGUCGCGUGCUCCACUUCCUGGAGCAACAGGGGCAGACAGUGGAAAGCGUGGCCAGUGUGCUGGGUCUGGGGCUGCGCAGGGUGUGCUGGCUCCGAUCUGUCAGUCAGGCGAUCCAGCCCUGGGUGGAAACCGUGAGGUACCAGCGCCUGGGCCUGUUUUCCGGGAGGGACCAGCCAGCCCCUGGGGAGGAGUCCUUUGAGGCCUGGCUAGACCACACCACUGACAUGCUGCAUGUGUGGCAGGGGGUCUCUGAAAGGGAGAGGAGGAGGAGGCUGAUCGAAGGCUUGAGAGGGACUGCCCUGCAGCUCGUGCAUGGGCUCCUGGCGGAGAAUCCCGCCAGGACUGCGCAGGACUGCCUGGCGGCCCUGAUCCAGGUAUUUGGAGACAAUGAGUCCCAGGCCACGAUCCGGGUGAAGUGUUUGACUGCUCAGCAGCGGCCAGGCGAGCGUCUCUCCACCUUUGUGUUGCGGCUGGAAGUCCUGUUGCAGAAAGCCAUCGAGAAGGGGGCCCUGGCCAGGGCCUCUGCUGACCACGUGCGCCUGAGGCAGGUGCUCACCAGGGCCAACCUGAUCGAGCCUCUGGAUGAAGCCCUGAGGAAGCUGAGAAUGGUUGGGAGGUCUCCCACAUUCCUGGAAAUGCUGGGGCUAGUUCGUGAGUCUGAGGCAUGGGAGGCCAGUCUAGCCGGGAGCGUGAGGGCCCCGGCAGAGGAAGGGGCUGGUGCCCCCGCUGAUGCCCAGGCAGAUGCCAGGAUGGGCAGUGCUUCUGAUGCCAGCCCAGGAGGGCCUGGUUGUGGGCCAGAGAGCUUGGCCCAGGCAGAAGAAGAGCAGGAAGCUGAGGAGCCCGUGCUGGAGGGGCUCAAGGACAUCCCAGAGGAGUCAGGAAAUGAGGAUGGGGCUGGGGAGACUGGCCACCCCGAGUCUGCCCCAG